AUGAGAUACUCACCGGUUAUUAUAAGUUUCAAGCAUCACAAUCUUCAAACUAUUACUAUCGAUCCUGUUGAUGUUAUAUGGACUCACCGCUCUCAAGUACUUUCAAUAAUCUGUGUCGUGUAUUCAACCUUACUCAGAAUUCCUAAAGUUCACAAGAUUUACAAGAUUCAUCAAUUCGCCAUGUAUCUCGGCUCAGUUUAUAAGGAUUACACCAGAUUUGGGGUUGAGGAAGAUGAAAGUAUUAUUCUUCAGAACUGCCAGAGCUUUUUUUACACUUCUAAUCAAAAGCUAAAUAACAUUUACAACUUGUUAAAUAAUUUUGCCCAAUUGAAAAUCAUGUCAUCUGUACAAUGCCUCCAUUUAAAUUUUGCUAAAACUGUUCUCCCUGAUAAUCAAUUAAGUCUUUUCUUUAAUUUUAUUGAUGAUUCUCCACUUAGCUUUGAUUCUUCAUCUGAAUCUCUAAUCUACGAAUUUGUUUGUCAAAUGAUUUCAGAUUGUUGA